GUUAAGACUGUUGGAAGUUGGAACUACUAAAAAAAAGAAAAAAAAAAAAGGAAAGAAAUCUCGUUUCUUAACACGUGUGGUAAGAUAUCAAAAUAGAUCAUAUUAAUCGAAAAAAAAAGUCAGACUUCUUCGAGGAAAAAAGAAAAGAAGAGAAAAAACUACAAGAUGAGAAGUGGAUUGCCUAAAACCGGUGCAGUUAUUUUGUUGUCGUUUUUGUUGAGCUUGCAAGCGGUGUUCGGGAUCAGAUUUGUGGUUGACCGAGAAGAAUGCUUCUCCCAUGACGUCAAGUAUGAAGGGGAUACAGUCCAUGUCUCGUUUGUUGUAGUCAAGGUUGAUUCUUCUUGGCAUUAUAGUCAAGAAGGUGUUGAUCUUGUGGUGAAAGGACCGACUGGGGAUCAGAUUAAUGAUUUUCGUGACAAGACAAGUGAAAAAUUCGAGUUUGUGGCUCACCGAAAAGGAGUUCACCAUUUCUGCUUCACUAACAAGUCACCUUAUCAUGAAACCAUAGAUUUUGACGUGCAUGUUAGCCAUUUUUCAUACUAUGAUCAGCAUGCAAAAGAUGAGCACUUGAACCCUUUGUAUGAACAAAUAUCGAAGCUAGAGGAAGCUCUUUACAACAUCCAGUUUGAACAGCACUGGCUAGAAGCUCAGACCGACCGACAGGCAAUAGUGAAUGAGGCAAUGGGCAAGAGGGCAGUUCAGAAGGCGUUCUUCGAAUCAGCAGCGCUGAUAGGUGCCAGCGUUCUCCAGGUUUAUCUUCUCCGACGCCUCUUUGAACGGAAGCUCGGGAUGUCUAGGGUCUAGUCCACCAUCUAUACAUUUUGCACAUUUCUUAUAUGAUGUCUUUGUUACCCCUUUGCUACUUGAGAGGACAGGUUAACGCUUCACAAUAUUUGAGAAGGAUUAGUGAGUUAAUACUAUCUCAAAUCUCCGGAUCAACUACUUUAAACGCCCAGAGGGCUUGAGCUAGAGAAUUUUUCAUGUUGUCACCCCCACAAAAACACACAGUACACAUACUUUUGGUAGCGAAAGGCUUACAACACCAUGGUGGUAUCAUUUAAUACACGAAUAUGGACAAUUUAAUUCUCUUUUGAAAAUCCAUUUUCAA